ACAAAAAAAAAAAAAAAAAUCAUCCCUUCCGCUGCAAACCGCAUACUGAGCUUAAAACAGAAGAUGCCUCGUCUUCCUCAUCUUUCAUCUGCGCAUCUACACAAUCACCCAAAAGCAAACUGAAUCUCCCAACCACAAACCCCCUCAGAAGAAAGAAAUCCUUCCUCAUCACUCUCCCCCAAACCCCAAACCCCACAGCCCCACCUCAUCCCCAACCCCCAAAAGAAAGAAAAGAGAAAAAGGAAAAUCAAUAAACCACAGAGAGACACUGAACCAAAAGCCAACUCUCUCCCCCUCAGCAGCCAUAGCACAGAAACCCCAAGUCAUGAUUUGAUCUGUCACCAUUGCCAGCCACCAGAGAAGGAAAAGCAUAGAAAACCCAUUGGAAAGGAAAUGGGCUCAUCCACCAGACCCAAUUCUCUGUUCUUAUCCUUCUUCUUCUUCUUGCCCCUCCUCCUCCUCCUCUGCCUCGCCCCGGUUUCUGAGUCUGCGACGGACUUCAAGGCCCUCGUCUACAAGGGCUGUGCCAAGCAGGCAUUCGUGGACCCCACCGGGGUCUACUCGCAGGCUCUGUCGGCCCUUUUCGGGUCUCUGGUCUCCCAGUCCACCAAGGCCAAGUUCUUCAAGGCCACCUCCGGCAGCGGCCAGACCAACAUCACCGGGCUCUUCCAGUGCCGGGGGGACCUCUCCAACUCCGACUGCUACAGCUGCGUCAGUGGGCUCCCCAUCCUCUCCGACAAGCUCUGCGGCAAGACCAUCGCCGCCCGGGUCCAGCUCUAUGGCUGUUACCUCCUCUACGAGGUUGCUGGGUUUGUUCAGGUCUCAGGGAUGGAAAUGUUGUACAAGACCUGCGGUGGGACUAAUGUUGCUGGGAGUGGGUUCGAGGAAAGGAGGGAUACCGCUUUCUCGGUGUUGGAGAGUGGAGUGGUGAGCGGCCACGGAUUCUACACCACGAGCUACCAGUCGAUGUACGUGUUGGCACAGUGCGAGGGGGAUGUUGGGGACUCUGAUUGUGGAGACUGCGUUAAGACCGCUGUUCAGAGGGCCCAGGUCGAGUGCGGGAGCUCCAUCUCAGGGCAAGUUUAUCUCCACAAAUGCUUCAUAAGCUACAACUACUACCCGAAUGGGGCCCCGAUGAGAUCCACUUCUUCACCGGGUUCUUCGUCUUCUUCAGUAUCCUCUUCUUCACCAUCAGGUUCAGGGCAAAAUACGGGAAAGACUGUGGCCAUCAUACUAGGAGGGGUUGCAGGAGUCGGCUUUCUAAUCAUUUGCUUGCUAUUCGCAAGAAACUUGCUGAAGAAGCAUGAUGAUUUUUGAGGGAGCCUGGGAUGGGAGGGAAGAUCUGUAUUUUGAGGUGGAUUCUUUGUUCAUGCUGUUCAUUUUCAUUGAGAAAAUGAAAUUUUGUGGAGUUGGGAGAAUUUUUAUGCUUAUAAGCUGUUUUAGGGUGGAAAUUGUUAAUCUGAUCAUCAGCUCUAGAAGAGGAGAAGGAAUCAGGGCACUGAACAUAAUGAACCAAUUUUCUUUUCACAAAGGUGAAUUGAAUUUGUUAGUAGCAAUGUGCUGUAUCAUUUCAUGUAUGAACAGAAGCUGUGAAGCAAGCAAUGGAAAUUAUUUUUAAAAAAAUAUUUUUGCC